AUGCAUCAGGGUCAGCUGGAAGGAUCUAAUCUUUGUUUCUCGUCUUGCAGCUGUGAAAAUGGGGAGCUGAGAGCGGAUUGGUCGUGCGAGUGUGACCCGUGCUGGGAAGGUCACUCUUGUAACACAUACGUCGACUACUACACACCUCGCUUCCUGGUCCACGCCGCCACGGCAGUCCUCCCAGUCAAUGCCACAGGGGUCGUGUACAGGGCUUGGAGCAGCGAUGAGGACCUGGGACUCACCUGUCCCUUGGGACCAGGGGAUUCGGCGCGAUGCCCCUGCGCCACUGUCGCAUACCGUCUCUUCGCCGUCCCUGGCGACAACCACUUCGCUCUCGACCCCGUCACGGGGAUCCUGUCUAGGAACGCAGACGUGGCCCUCAGCGUCGGCACGACGUAUAUCUACAAGCUCAUGGUGCAGGGGAUGACAGUAGACGGCCAGGCGGAGGAGGACCUGCCCUACGACCUCCUGACGCUAAAGAUCUACGUCAGCGCUGACUACGUCAGGAAGAUCCCGUGGACUUAACAACCUGACGUCUAUUGUAUGACAGUUCCUCUGGUGGUGGAAUGAGGCUUUGGCCCUGAGUACCAGCUGGUGCUGCCACCUGGCGGGUCUCAGACUCCACCUGCACCACUUCGGCCCAAAUGGUCGUUUCCAGCUGCUGAGGGCCAACUCCACCUGGCGCCUCAAGCUUCUCCACCUGGCCACAACACACACACCACCUGGCGCCUCAAUAUACUGCAUCUGGAGCCCGCAGGUGGUGCCAGGGCUGGAGUGCCAUAGGGUGCCAGGAUGGCGACCAGUUGGCACUUGUCUAUCACACAGCUAUAUGGGAGCGACGCCCUUAUCAGCGCCUCACUCCUCAAGUCACACUACAGUGAAGAAAUGAAACUGAAUUAUUACAAAUCAGCUGGAUGUAAAUAUUCCUUUUCGGUUCGAGUUAUCAGGAGUUGAUGUGAUUUUAUCAAGCGCUACAGCUUAAUCAAUCGAGAGCCGGCAUAACCAAUCAAGAGCCAGAGUAACCAAUCAAAGAGCUACAACAUAACCAAUCACGAGCCAGUGUGACCAAUCGACAGUCCCAACACGGCCUACCUAGAGCCCACAAGACUGACGUAAUCAAACAUUUUAACUUCGUAAAUAACAGUGAUCAAAUAUUUUCCUACCCAGUUAUUAAGAAAUGUAGUAGUAAGCAUACUUUCAGGACCCUAAGAGUGGCUAGUUUGCUACUGAGGGCUGUGAGUGUCGGGUGUAGUGUGUGUGUGUGUACCGUAUAGAGCCCUCAAGUCACAGGGUAUACGUGUCAAGGGUCUCUAUAGAGUGUAUUGUAGUACACCCACGGCGUUCCAAGAUGGCGUAUCAAGGGCGCGUCAACCACCUCCACCUCCUCUCUUACCCAUCCCUAAUUUCCUUCCCGGAGUCAAUUUACCCUGUAAUGACCCUCUUGUCUAUACAAAACAAUGUGAACCAAUUUGCCCGUGUUGCUUCCACCUGUCCUAGACUUUUCUAUCGUAACAUAUUGGUGGAGAGAUCAUGUGUGUGUUGUAGCAAGUAAAGCAGCGCAGUCUCCCCUUCAACAUCCAAGAUGGCGCGGGAAACCAGGGGUGACUCACGAAAAUAUUUUAUUUUUGUCUUCACUGUUUUUCACUUUCCAGGGAUAAUGGUUCGCACAACGGGGCCGCGUCCCUGCCUCCACCUACUCCGUGACAGUACCUCUCUAUACCGUGACAGUAGCUCUCUACACAGUGACAGUAGCUCUCUACACCGUGACAGAAGCUCUCUACACCGUGACAGUACCUCUCUACACCGUGACAGUACCUCUCUACACCGUGACAGUACCUCUCUACACCGUGACAGUACCUCUCUACACCGUGACAGUACCUCUCUACACCGUGACAGUAGUUCUCUACACAGUGACAGUACCUCUCUACACUGUGACAGUAGCUCUCUACACCGUGACAGUAGCUCUCUACACAGUGACAGUACCUCCCUACACCGUGACAGUACCUCUCAACACCGUGACAGUACCUCUCUACUCCGUGACAGUACCUCUCAACACCGUGACAGUACCUCUCUACACCGUGACAGUACCUCUCAACACCGUGACAGUACCUCUCUACACCGUGACAGUACCUCUCUAUACCGUGACAGUAGCUCUCUACACAGUGACAGUACCUCUCUACACCGUGACAGUAGCUCUCUACACCGUGACAGUACCUCUCUACACCGUGACAGUACCUCUCUACACCGUGACAGUACCUCUCUACACCGUGACAGUAGCUCUCUACACCGUGACAGUACCUCUCUACACCGUGACAGUACCUCCCUACACCGUGACAGUAGCUCUCUACACAGUGACAGUACCUCUCUACACCGUGACAGUACCUCUCUACACCGUGACAGUACCUCUCUACACCGUGACAGUACCUCUCUACACCGUGACAGUACCUCUCUACACCGUGACAGUACCUCUCUACACCGUGACAGUAGCUCUCUACACCGUGACAGUACCUCUCUACACCGUGACAGUACCUCUCUACACCGUGACAGUAGCUCUCUACUCCGUGACAGUACCUCUCAACACCGUGACAGUACCUCUCUACACCGUGACAGUACCUCUCUACACCGUGACAGUACCUCUCUACACCGUGACAGUACCUCCCUACACCGUGACAGUACCUCUCUACACCGUGACAGUAGCUCUCUACACCGUGACAGUACCUCUCUACACCGUGACAGUACCUCUCUACACCGUGACAGUACCUCUCUACACCGUGACAGUACCACCCAUGUACAUUAAUGAAAACUUCUUGACUGCUCCCAUGUACAUCAAUAAACACUUCUUAACUACUCCCAUGUACAUUAAUGAACACUUCUUGACUACUCCCAUGUACAUUAAUGAACACUUCUUGACUACUCCCAUGUACAUCAAUGAACACUUCUUGACUACUCCCAUGUACAUCAAUAAACACUUCUUAACUACUCCCAUGUACAUUAAUGAACACUUCUUGACUACUCCCAUGUACAUUAAUGAACACUUCUUGACUACUCCCAUGUACAUCAAUGAACACUUCUUGACUACUCCCUUGUACAUCAAUAAACACUUCUUGACUACUCCCAUGUACAUCAAUGAACACUUCUUGACUACUCCCUUGUACAUCAAUGAACACUUCUUGACUACUCCCAUGUACAUCAAUGAACACUUCUUGACUACUCCCUUGUACAUCAAUAAACACUUCUUGACUACUCCCAUGUACAUCAAUGAACACUUCUUGACUACUCCCAUGUACAUCUCUCUUGGUUGUUCCCAUGUAUAUUUAAGAGCACCCCUCCUGGUCCCCCCCCCCAUGUACAUAAAUAAACACCAGACUUGACUGCUCCCAUGUACACACCUGUACGCUCCUGUACACCUGUCCUGGCUGUCUCACUCCGCCACAAGUGCACUGUACACAAACCAUUGACGUACGUUAUCAAUAAAGAGUAUUGCAUAGA